AUGCUUGAAGUCGGCCUUCCCUUCACCAAUUCCUGUCAUAACCCGCCUCCUACCUUUUCCCCUCCAUGGGUGUCGCAAGACUCACCAGACGAAGCGGUCUCAUUGCGCGCGCAGUGGGGGAUUCCAAGUACUCACCGGGACCCCUGCUCACGGCGCAGUCUCUCGUGGCACGCAGCAAGAUCGCCUCUGUCCCCGCAUCACACCAAGCCCUUCUCAACCUCCCCAUCCCUAUCCUGCGCGAGACACCAAAGCACCAGCGGAGAACCACCGUCGAUCGCGGAACCACCUGCCAAGCCCAAGACCCAGACCAAGACCCAGACCAAGACUGACAUUCCUGGUGCGGAUCCCGCAGACCGAUAUGCAGCAGGCCUGCGCCUGAACAAGGAAUGGGCUGCCCAGACAGCCCGCAACCAGCCCGAGCUCUUCCCUACCCUGGCCUCGGGCCAAACGCCGCAGAUUCUGUGGAUCGGGUGCUCCGACUCCCGCUGCCCCGAAACCACCUUCCUAGGCCUGCAGCCCGGCGACGUCUUCGUGCACCGCAACAUUGCCAACAUCCUCCACCCGGGCGACCUCAGCUCCAACGCCGUUAUCGAGUACGCUGUGCAAUACCUGCGCGUCAGCCAUGUCGUGGUGUGCGGGCACACAUGCUGCGGUGGUGUCUCGGCUGCCAUGGGCAAUAAGAACUUGGGGCUGAACAUUGUCAAGCAGAAGAGUGUUGUGUUGAACGCGAUCCGCGACCGGGGACUGCAGCUGCAUGGCUUGGUUUACGAUGUUGGAUCCGGUGUGCUUAGUGAGCUGGACAUGCAGGACUCGGAGGAGGUUAUCAGGGCUCGUUUGACGGCUUUUCAAACGGAGUGA